AUGUCUUCUUUAACCAAAUUACUACAAGAAAAAAAAAAGUUAGAACAAAUACAAAGUGUUAAUGGCGUCCCUAAUGCUGCUAAUAAUGUGAGUAGUAUAACUACUAUUGCAGAGCAGAAAGGAAAGGAGACGGGGCGAGAUAUUUCUGCUUCUAUUGAUGACAAUGUAACCACUAGUUCUGAACCAAGUGUUAAAAAAUCAUUGUAUAAAACAGAUUAUGAAAAAAACAGUAUACCUAACAAUACACCUACUAAUACUAUAAAUAAUCAAAGACAAAAUCAACCAAUUCCAUCCUUAAAUGUCAAUGGUAAUGGGUUUUCUUCUAGUUUUAUUUCGAACAAUUUUGCUCAUACCGCUACAUAUGGGUCGUCUAAUAGAACAAGUGAGUUCAAAGGUCCUAAUUCCUUUUCACAAAGAAAUUAUCCGUCCUUGUCUUCUAGUAUUCCAUAUUCAGUACCCAAUCAUAGUGGCAAUAAUACUACUCCCUCUUCUAACUCAACUUCCACUGCUAGUUCUCCAAAACAACCACAAUCAUUGAAUACAAAUAAUGUUAAUGUUACCGCUAGUAAUUUUUCUUCUUCUACACCUAAUAACAAUUCUAAUUGGUUGGAAAAUUCAGGUUUAUUACCAAAUAAUAUAGCUGUAAUUAAUUCCAAUAUUAUUGCAUCUCCCAAAGUUGAUACUGUUGAGCCAAGAUUUGUUAUUUCCAAACAGAAGUUCCAUGAGAGUAGACAGCAGCAGCAUCAUAAUGGUGGUAGUGGCGGUACUAGUGCUGCUACGAGCAAUAAUGCUAGUAGUAGCAACAACAAUAGUAAUAAUACGCAUAGUGAUUCGGGAUCCAGGUCCAAUUCAUUGACAUCGCAAUUAGGCAAUUUAUUCUUCAACUCUAGUAAUAGCGGUGGCAGUCAUACACAUCACAGUCACAGUAGCAACAAUAACAAUAGUACUACUAGGUCGAAGCGUAGUGCUAGUAUUAAUAGCACGCAUAAUAACAAUAGUACGUCAGCAACUACCGCUAAUACAUCAACUUCCAGUACCAGUGUUCCUAAGCCUAUUCGAGCAAGGCAAAGUAACAUUUAUAGUGUUUCUAGAACACCAGUUUCGUCUUAUACUGACUCCUUUAUUGGUUCACCGUCCUCUCUUCAUGAAAAUCCGCCGAAUCAACAGUUUAUUCCCAGAUCACGUCAUUCUUCCAUUGUAGACUUUAAAAGAUUUUUCAAAAAAUCUUCUUCUAACACAACGACUGCCAUUUCGACCCACAGCACCUCUCCAGUCACACCUGUAGGUGGUUCAGGCGGUGGCAUGGGUGCUACUAAUAGUAAUUCGAGUAGUUUUAAUGGACCCAGCAGUCAUGGUAGUUCUAACAGCGACUUGAUUUAUGGUAGUACGUUAUCUCAACAAACUUCACAUACUAGUUCUAAUAAUACUAAUACUAAGCUGCCCUUUCAUAAAAGAUAUAUUAAAACUGGCGAUGAUUUAGGUGCAGGUGCAGGUGGUAGUGUCAAAGUUGUAAAGAGGAUUAGCGAUAAUAAAAUAUUUGCAGUCAAGGAAUUUAGAGCCAAAUAUGAAAAUGAAACUAAGAGGGAUUACAUUAAGAAAAUCACUAGUGAAUAUUGUAUUGGUACCACUUUACGUCAUCCAAAUAUCGUUGAAACUAUUGAAAUUGUCUAUGACGAAAACAGAGUUUUUCAAGUCAUGGAAUAUUGUGAUUUUGACUUAUUUGCCAUUGUUAUGAGUAAUAAAAUGUCUUAUGAAGAGAUUUGUUGUUGUUUCAAACAAAUUUUAAAUGGUGUCGAGUAUCUACACAGCAUUGGUCUAGCGCAUCGUGAUUUGAAAUUAGAUAAUUGUGUAGUUAAUAAUAAUGGGAUUGUUAAAUUGAUUGAUUUUGGUGCAGCUGUUGUAUUUUCUUAUCCUUUUUCCCAGAAAUUAGUAACAUCUAGUGGUAUUGUUGGUAGUGAUCCAUAUUUGGCCCCUGAAGUUUGUAUUUUUAGUAAAUAUGAUCCUCGUCCAGUCGAUGUUUGGUCUGUUGCCAUGAUUUUUGUUUGUAUGAUAUUGAAGAAAUUCCCUUGGAAAAUUCCCAAGUUAAAAGAUAAUUCCUUUAAGUUGUUUUGUAGUGGCAGAGAUUGUGAUUCCUUAAGUGCAUUAGUGACUAAAACACCUAAUCCCCCAAGUUAUGAGGAUGCUGCAACCGACAAGACUGCUACUUCAACACCAACACCAACACCAACACCAACACCCAAUAAACCCAAUAGCAAUAAUCCUUCUGAUCCUGAUAAUGUUAAUAUCGGUCCUCAAAGGUUGUUACAUAAUUUGCCUGAAGAAACACAUCACAUUAUAGGCAGAAUGGUAGAUUUGGCUCCUGCUUGUAGAGCUAAUAUUGAUGAAAUUAUGAGCGACCCAUGGAUUGAAGGUAUCGAAAUGUGUUUUGUAGAUGAUAAUGCUCAUGUUAUCUGUGCUGAAAACCAUACACAUACUAUUGUGGACCAAAGUGUUGCUCACAUUGCGGGUUUAGAAAAAAAGAAGAAUUCUAAGAAGAGUUGA